GGGAGGUAGUUCGCGUUUUGAGCCGCUUGUGCCACCAUAGCUGCGGCUGCCGCUGCUCCUGCCGCGGCGGAGCUGAAAUCGCCGAGCGCGAUGCCCGAGGGCGCUGUGAACCGGGAGGUCCCGGUGCCCAGGGGCUGGUCAGUGACUGGGCAGACUGGAAGGGCCUUCCGAGUAGGGAGGCAGCGCCGCUGUUGAGACAAGUCCCAAGAACCGGGCCAGGAACUGCUCCCCGGAGCUCCUUACGAUGGCUGUGGAAGGCUCAACCAUCACCAGCCGGAUUAAGAACCUGCUGCGGUCCCCUUCCAUCAAACUCCGCAGGAGUAAGGCGGGGAAUCGGCGUGAGGACCUCAGCUCCAAGGUAACCUUGGAGAAAGUGCUUGGAAUAACAGUGUCUGGAGGCAGAGGACUGGCAUGUGACCCCCGCUCAGGGUUGGUUGCUUAUCCAGCUGGGUGCGUGGUUGUGCUGUUCAACCCCAGGAAACAUAAGCAGCACCACAUCCUCAACAGCUCCCGGAAGACCAUCACUGCCCUCGCCUUCUCCCCCGAUGGCAAGUACUUGGUCACUGGUGAGAGUGGGCACAUGCCUGCCGUGCGCGUGUGGGAUGUGGCCGAGCACAGCCAGGUGGCAGAGCUGCAGGAGCAUAAGUAUGGGGUGGCCUGUGUGGCCUUCUCCCCGAGUGCCAAGUACAUCGUCUCCGUCGGCUACCAGCACGACAUGAUCGUCAACGUGUGGGCCUGGAAGAAAAACAUUGUGGUGGCCUCUAAUAAGGUGUCCAGCCGGGUGACAGCCGUGUCCUUCUCUGAAGAUUGCAGCUACUUUGUCACUGCAGGCAACCGGCACAUCAAAUUCUGGUACCUCGAUGACAGCAAGACCUCAAAGGUGAACGCCACGGUGCCGCUGCUGGGCCGCUCGGGGCUGCUGGGGGAGCUGCGCAACAACCUGUUCACAGACGUGGCCUGCGGGCGCGGGAAGAAGGCCGACAGCACCUUCUGCAUCACGUCCUCGGGGCUGCUGUGCGAGUUCAGCGACCGCAGGCUGCUGGACAAGUGGGUGGAGCUGAGAAACACAGACAGCUUCACAACCACCGUGGCCCACUGCAUCUCCGUGAGCCAAGACUACAUCUUCUGUGGCUGCGCUGACGGCACCGUGCGCCUCUUUAACCCCUCCAACCUGCAUUUUCUCAGCACCCUGCCCCGGCCGCACGCCCUGGGCACGGACAUUGCCAGCGUCACAGAGGCCAGCCGCCUCUUCUCGAGUGUGACCAAUGCCAGGUAUCCAGACACCAUCGCCUUGACCUUCGAUCCGACGAAUCAGUGGCUCUCUUGUGUCUACAACGAUCACAGCAUUUAUGUUUGGGAUGUGCGGGACCCCAAGAAAGUGGGCAAGGUGUACUCUGCUCUGUACCACUCCUCCUGCGUGUGGAGUGUGGAGGUUUACCCUGAAGUGAAGGACAGCAACCAGGCCUGCCUGCCCCCCAGCUCCUUUAUCACCUGCUCCUCAGACAACACCAUCCGCCUGUGGAACACGGAGAGCUCCGGCGUCCAUGGGUCCACCCUGCACCGAAACAUCCUCAGCAAUGACCUCAUUAAGAUCAUCUAUGUGGAUGGGAACACUCAGGCCCUGCUGGACACAGAGCUGCCCGGAGGAGACAAAGCUGACAGUUCCCUGAUGGAUCCCCGGGUGGGCAUCCGCUCUGUGUGUAUCAGCCCCAACGGGCAGCACCUCGCCUCAGGAGACCGAGUGGGCACACUUAGGGUGCAUGAGCUACAGUCCUUAAGCGAGAUGUUGAAGGUGGAAGCCCAUGACUCCGAGAUCCUGUGCCUGGAGUACUCGAAGCCUGACACAGGUCUGAAGCUGUUGGCAUCUGCGAGCCGGGACCGGCUGAUCCAUGUGCUGGAUGCCGGCCGCGAGUACAGUUUGCAGCAGACACUGGACGAGCACUCGUCCUCCAUCACAGCCGUCAAAUUUGCAGCGGCCAGCGAUGGGAAAGUGCGCAUGAUCAGCUGCGGGGCCGACAAGAGCAUCUAUUUCCGCACAGCCCAGAAGUCCGGAGAUGGGGUACAGUUUACACGGACACACCACGUGGUGCGGAAGACGACCCUCUACGACAUGGACGUGGAGCCCAGCUGGAAGUACACAGCCAUCGGCUGCCAGGACCGAAAUAUUCGGAUCUUUAACAUCAGCAGCGGGAAGCAGAAGAAGCUGUUCAAGGGCUCCCAGGGGGAGGACGGCACUCUCAUCAAGGUGCAGACAGACCCCUCCGGGAUCUACAUUGCCACCAGCUGCUCUGAUAAGAACCUCUCCAUCUUUGACUUCUCCUCAGGCGAGUGUGUGGCCACCAUGUUCGGCCACUCAGAGAUUGUCACUGGCAUGAAAUUCAGUAAUGACUGCAAACAUCUCAUCUCUGUGUCCGGGGACAGCUGCGUAUUCGUGUGGCGUCUGAGCUCCGAGAUGACCAUCAGUAUGAGGCAGCGUCUGGCUGAGCUGCGCCAGCGGCAGCGAGGAAGCAAGCCCCAGGGACCCUCCACUCCCCAAAAGGCUGCCGGGCCCAGCUGCCACGAGGCCCCGUCAGUGCUCGCUCCUGUGCCCGCUCUGUCGUCCGACAGUGACAAAGAGGGAGAAGACGAGGGGACCGAAGAAGAGGAGCUCCCAGCUCUGCCCAUCCUUGCCAAGGGCACCAAGAAGGAGCCAGCCCUGGGGCCCGGCCAGGCCCUGCCCCGAAGUCUGUCGCACUGGGAGAUGAGUCGGGAGACUGAGGAGUUCCUGGACCCCACUCCUGCAGCCCCCCAAGGACCCAGAAGAAGGGGCCGCUGGGCCCAGCCCGGUGUGGAGCUGAGUGUGCGCUCCAUGCUGGACCUGCGGCAGCUGGACACGAUGGCUCCCCUCAGUCAGGGCCCCAGGCAGGACACCGUGGCCCCAUCUGCCCUGGGGAAGCAUGGGCCACAGGCGCCUCAGCCCACCCGUGCUGGCCAGGCCUCCCAGCCCUGCUCCUGCUCCCGCAUCAUUCGGCUGCUGUCCCAAGAGGAGGGAGUCUUUGCACAGGACCUGGAGCCCGCGGCUGGCGAGGACAGCAUUGUCUACCCGGAGCCCAGCGACAGCCCCACACUGGACACCAGUGAGUUCCAGGUGCAGGCCCCGUCCCGAGGGAGCCUGGGAAGAGGCUACGUGGGUGGCCGGGGCUCGGAGAAGCACAGCCCCGACAGCGCCUGCUCCGUGGACUACAGUGGCAGCCGCCUGUCGAGCCCCGAGCACCCCAACGAAGACUCGGAGAGCACGGAGCCCCUGAGUGUGGAUGGCAUUCCCUCAGACCUGGAGGAGCCCGACGAGGAGGAAGAGGAGGGGGGUCCUGGCCCUUAUGGGCCGCAGGAGGGGAGCCCCCGGACCCCGGACCAGGAGCAGUUCCUGAAGCAGCACUUUGAAACUCUGGCCAAUGGGGCGGCUCCAGGGGGCCCCGCCAGGGGGCUGGAGCGGACCGAAUCCCGGAGCAUCUCCUCGCGGUUCCUGCUGCAAGCGCAGAGCCCCCCCGUCAGGGAACCGCCCCCCAACUCCUCCAACCCGCCCAGACCAGUCCACGUGCCACUGGCUUCCGGAGAGCCGCCGAGAGGCACUGGUGCCAAUCCUCCGGGAGCACCGCCAGAAGUGGAGCCCUGCCCUGGAAACCGCAGCCCCCAGCAGACAGCCCCCGUGUUACUGCCACGCCGCCGCCUCAGCCCCGACAGCAGCUGGACGCCCAAGAGAGUGGCCACUGGCAGCCCCUUCGGGGGACUCCAGAAGGCCCAGUCGGUGCAGAGUCUGGUGCCCCAGGAUGAAGCCCCACCCCCAGGCCCCUUGUUGUCGCGGGAAGUGGCACCCCAGGGUGGCCUGUCCCAGCCCCACUCCUACCAGAACCCCACCACCAGUUCCAAGGCCAAGAUGGCACGCAGCAUCUCCAUGGGGGAGAACCUGAGCCUCGCCUCUGAGCCGCAAGUUCCUGCCCCCGUCAAAGUCUCUCCGCUCAACAAGUUGGCGCUGCCCAGCCGGGCUCACCUGGUCCUGGACAUCCCAAAGCCACUGCCCGAUCGGCCCUCCCUAGCCGCCUUCUCGCCCGCUGCCCGGGGCCGGGCCGCUGCUGAGGCAGAGCAGUCGGCGGGCCUGGGGAGGCCCCACAACACCACUGAGAGGCGGGCCUGGGCAGCUGAGGGUGCUGCGCCCAAGCCCAGGACAGAGUGCCAGGCUCAGCCUGCACCCCACAGCCCCCGCACGCAGCCCCUGCCCCCCGAGAAGACCAGCAGCCCCGUGGAAGCCGCCCAGCCCGGGGCGUCCCUGAGCCAGGACUCAGAAGCAGCGGUGAGCCUGGAACAGUGCCAGCAACUGGUGGCUGAGCUCCAGGGCAACAUGCGCCAGGCUCUGCGGCUCUACCACUUGGUGGCUGGCUGCAAGACGCCGUCCGCAGAGCAAAGUCGCAUCACUCAGCUCCUCAGAAAUACCUUCUCGUCCAUGCGGCAGGAGCUCGAGGCCCUGGCGGGGCCACUGCUGUGCAGCCCGGGCACGAGCCCCGGGGUGGGGGCGGAGCAGACCCAGGCCCUGCUGGAGCAGUACUCGGAGCUGCUGCUGCGGGCAGUAGAGCGGCGCAUGGAGCGCAGACUCUGAGCCACCAGGCCCACGGCCCGGCCCCGGGGCUGUCAGUGCCCAGAGGGGAAGCUGCUGUCCCUCGGGGGCCCGUGUAUUUAUUAAUUUAUUUCCCUGACUGUUGCCUCACCUUCUUGGCCGCCUGCCUCCUCAGCCCCUCCGGGGCUGACACAGGGGUCGGUCUUGAGUUUUGUCACCUUGGUGCUGUGAGGAGGAGGGCGGCCUCUCUCCUUAGAAGCCAUUCGACGUUACUGCAGGGAUCAGCUCCCGGCUGGAGCACACACAGGGUAUCCAGCGGGGGGGCAGGGGGGCCACAGCUGCUCCCCCCGCCUCCCCUCCCCUCCCACACCAGCUGCCAGUGGGGUUGGUCCCUUGUCCCCAGUUCCUGACAGUCAGAAAGACAGAGUUCUCUCCCACCCCCAAGGCAUUCCCAGCCAUCAGGAGGCUUGAAUUGUUGGCAAGUCCUGAGCCCCACAUUCCACUCCCAUGCUUGCCCCAAGAGGGCCCUUAACCUUUGUCUCCCCCUGCACCCCUCUUCCCCUCCCACCCCAGGGCCGUGGAGCCAGCCAGUAGUGGGGCAUUGCUGCGGGACAGUAAGCACCUUGCUGGGCAGACCUGAAGUCCUAACCCCUAACCCCCUGGUCCUCCCUAGCCCAGCUGACUGCUGAAGCCCAGAAGGGGCGAUGGCCCUUCCUCACCGGCCACAGGCUCCACCUACCUUCUCCAGAUCGGCCACAGAUGCAGUCUCUCUCUCUCUCUCUCUCUCUCUCUCUCUCUCUCUCUCUCUCUCUCCCUCUCUCCCUCCCUCCUUCCCCCCCGUUUCUUCCUUGCUCUUGCUCCCUCACUCUUGCUCACUCAUUAACUUCCCUGCCUCCCGUCUUCCCCUCUCACACGCACACCCCUUCAAACACGUUUGUUGCUAGAACAGAUGCUUGGCUGCUGUAUGCCUGGUUUCCUCACAUCCUGCUUUUACACCGGCUCCUGGGACUCUUGUCCAGGAGCACAAGGGCAGAGCACCCUAACUGAAUUCUGUACGAGAUAGCCAAGAUGGUGCCUGGCUCAGGGAGAAGGGGCCUCCUUAGAGGUGGGGCUGGGCCCCCAGUGGUGCUCAGGGUCCCGGAGCCAGAGAGGAACAAGGUGGGGGGGGGGGCGGGGGGCAGUAGGGGAGAGGCUGCAGCAGAGCUGAGACAAAUCAGAAAGGUGGUACAGGUAAGUGGCCGAAGGCAGGGGAGAGAGAACAGGACAGCUGGCAUGGGAGAGGUGAGGCGGGCCGACAGGCCUUGGUUGGUGGAGAUGCAGCGGGUGAGCGCAGGUGAGGAGCAGGAUUCCGGGAUGGUUCAGCACGGCUUUGCAUGGCUCUGGCUAAGAUUUAAAGAACUGGAUUCUGAGAGGUACCCAGCCACCUGCAUCGGCCCUAAGAGUGUUAGCUGCCCGCCCUGUCGUCCUCUCUUUCCUCUCCCGCAUGGCCACACGUUAACGGAACCCGGGAGUGUUACCAGUCUGCUUCCUCUGCCUGCCCACCCUCCCAGUUCCAAAGAUGACUCGGGGCUGGCUCCCUGGGCUGCCUUCUCAGCCAACCUCAGCGAGCCUGGCCUGCCCCCCCCACCCCCCCAGGGGGCCACACUCCAGCUCAGGUUAUCUAGAAGGCUGUAGCCCUUUCCCUCCUCCUAGCCCAGCGUGGGGUUACCUUGUGACCUGGCUGGUGCCAUCCCCCUGUGCGUGUCUGGGGCCAUCGGCAGCUGCAGCCCCCUCUCCCCACCUCCCUCCAUCCCCUCCCAAGCCCCAGAUUUUCCCGAAUCCAGUUUUGAAGUCCCUUAUUUAUAACUUUUAUACUUUGUCCAGGCCAGGGCUCUUCCUUCCUCCCCUGGUCUCAUGGGGGCAGAGGCUGUUUUUUUUACCAUGUCCGUUUGUACUGAUGUAUGAACUCGUCAAUAAACAAUCAUUUGUUAACCCCUGG